GCAGGCGCAGCGCGGCCGCGGGUGGGCGGAGCUGGCCGGGAUGAGCGGCGGAGGGACGGAGACCCCCGUGGUUUGUGAGGCCGCCUCGGGCGGCGGCGGCGGCGGCGGCGGCGGCGGCGGCAAGAAGGACUCGCUGGGGACCGCGGGCUCGCCAGCCCACCUCAUUAUCAAGGAUCUCGGAGAAAUUCAUUCAAGGCUGUUAGAUCACAGACCAGUUAUCCAAGGUGAAACCCGUUAUUUUGUGAAAGAAUUUGAAGAAAAACGUGGUCUUCGAGAAAUGCGAGUUCUUGAAAACUUGAAGAAUAUGAUCCAUGAGACAAAUGAACGUACUCUUCCCACGUGCAGGGAGGCCAUGCAAGACAGCUUGAACCACGUUCUCCAGAGACUGCAAGCAGCUACAGACUCGGUCUGUAGGCUCCAACAGAGGGAACAGGAGCGAAACAAGAUGCGUAAUGACCAUUUAAUAGCUAGUGAGAAACAGCAUAUAAUGCAGUGGGAGGAUUUCAUGAAAGAACAACACAGCAAACAGGCUGAAGUGGACGAAGAGCACAGAACAGCCAUGGAGAGGCUGAAAGAACAAUACGCCAAGAUGGAGAGGGGCCUGGCAAAAUACCCAGCCUUUGGAGAACUUGAGCCAUAACAGUGACAGACUGAUGAGAAAAUACUGCCUCCCCUCAGAAACCGCUCAGCCUCUGCCUCAAGUUGAGCAGUGUAUUCAGUGUCACUCUUCUGCAGAAAAAAGAAACUGCUACCGGAGUCUUAGCUGUUUCCUAGAAGAAGAAUGCCACAUCUUCCCAGUUUUAAUUUCCUGUAUCUGCCUGUAUCUCUAAAUGGGGAGAAGUAGGAGGAAAAUGGUAUAAACACGCUCUUUGUUAAUGAGGAUUGGUCUUAGUUUCCAUUGAUUAUCUCGGAGAACUGUAAAUACAGACUUCUUAGAAAAGUAAUUUAAUUCAUUCUUAUGCAGGGUUAAUGUUACUUUAUUAUUGUGGCUCAGAAGGCCGAUAUGGUGGCUGCCUGUCAGAGCCUCUUGGAAGAGUGUGUACAGUGUUAUUCCAUGAGUAAUGUACUGAGAAACAACUGUCCUGGGAGCAGAGACCACAUUGAAGAGAGUCAAAACUUUGUCUCUGCUCUUCAAAGAGAGCCACGUUGGUCUCUGAAUUGGCCUGUUAGGAGAAGUUGCAGAUUUUGCAUGGCAGCGUAGUGCCGUGUUUCACUGGAUGACAAGACAUGCUUGUUAAGUUUGUGGCCUUCCAGCACUUCAUAUUUUCAGCUUUUAAAAUGUGCUCACAAGGAAAAGCUUACCAAAAAUAGAGUUGACUUUUAACCUUUCCAAGAACCAUAAUCUUGCCCAUAGAUUUACCUCAUUUUUACGUGUGUUUUGCUGUGGGUAAGCUUUGUAAGAUAAAUAAUGUCUAUACAUGUUUCAGCUGUUUAAUGAGUAAUCAGCAAAAUCUGCCAAGGCGUCCCUCUGGAACCAUAUAAAGAUUCUGGCUCUGAGUACACCAGAAGUAUUUGCCCACAUGGCAAAUGAUCCGUGUUAAAUGUAAAUCCUUUUUAGUGUUUAAUGUCUGUUCUCAUCAGCAGGUGUAUUAAGAUGAAACAUGUACCAGUUCUGUCAUCACUGUGAUCUUUAAAAAUCUGCAUUUACCAAUCUAAUUGAGGAACUAAGUUGAUUUUUUAUUUGCCAUAAACCAAGCAGAAUUAAAUGCAGUAAUUUCAAGAGAUUUAUGACAAAUGAAUUUGAGGUAUGGAUAAAGCUUUCAGGUCUUUUUUUUUUUUUAUUGCUCUUCAGUAAAGAAAGGCACAAGAAAGAAAAUACUCAACUCUUGUGUUAUCUCAGUGUUGCUACUGCAGAAAAGUGACAAUGCUUGCUUGUGUAAAUUUAUGGCUUGCUGUCAAAGCUUCAUUCUUGGCUGCAUGUUGAAAAUGUGAUUAAAGUUAAUAGAGGAGAUGAAAUAAGUAUUUGAGAUUUCUUUCAGUAACACUGAACUUCUGCCAACUCCCUCUGUCCGCUACUGUAGGCUUGACAGGUUCAUCCAUCAUCCUCCGGUACCUGGACGAAAAAGAGCACUUGCUGACAUUCAGGCAUUCCACUACAUAUGAACCUUCAGGUUGCGAAUUUUCAAAGAUGCGAACGCGCAUUCGCCUGUCCAAUCACAUAAGCUAGUUCACAUGUCUUUCAUACAUUGAACACCUUGCUGUGCAACACGAGGAGCUUACUAAUAAAGACCUGACAGAAUUGGAGGCCCAGAGAAAGGACGAAGAGAGACAAGAGGAAGAAGAAGAACAGAAGAGAUUCACAACACAGGAAAUGACAAGGGGAUUGUCUUUAUUUGAGGAGGCACUGUUAGUUUUUGAGCACAGGACCCGAAUGUAGAACGGUACACGAGGGUUGCAGCAGCCAUUCAGAAUGCGAUCCAGUGCUACCGUGUCAUCUGUGACAGCAAAAAAAAAGAGAGCUCCUACCCGGACAUCACUGGAUCGUUUUUACAGGAGGGUAGGUAGAAUUGAAUCCAGCAAGGAACCAGAACCUGUGCCAUCAGUGUCAGGCAUGAGUGAAAUUGCAGCUUGCCCUCCGUCUCCUAUUGCUGACGAUCCUUCAGCUCUACCAUCUCCCACCUCCUCUCCCUCCUCCAGUCAGUAACUCUUCUUGCCUGUUCACUCGAUGCCAGCCCCAGUAUCCCAGCUGUUGUACUACUGUACUUUUCAAGGUACUGUACUGUGAGAUUAAAAAUGUUUUCUUUA